GAGAGAGAGAGAGAGAGAGAGGGGGAGUGCAGGGUGCGCUCCAUCCACAGCCUCAGUACACCGGACUGCCAUCCUUGGAGCGGCUCCCUGCAUCUUCACCAGCUCUCUACUGUGGUCCAGUUCCGUUUUCACCGGGUUUUACAGUUGGCGGAUAUAGCAUGGAUACGAUUUAAGACGCACUACCGAGCCGUCAGCAGUUUUACUUGCUUAAAAAACAACAAAUUAUCUUAAAGCUGGUCCUGCUGAAGUCAGAAUAAUGAUGGAGUACUGGAGGCAGUGCGCGCUGUGGUUAAUUAACUGCAAGGUGCUUCCAGCUAACCACCGCGUUACAUGGGAGUCUGCACAGGUAUUUGACUUGGCUCAAACCCUCCGGGAUGGAGUCCUCCUCUGCCAUCUGCUCAACAACCUGAGAGCCCAGUCCAUCAACCUAAAGGAAAUCAACCUCCGACCGCAAAUGUCCCAGUUCCUUUGCCUGAAGAAUAUCAGGACUUUCCUGGUAGCGUGCAGCGAGGUAUUCGGCAUGAAGAAAAGCGAGCUGUUCGAGGCCUUCGACCUUUUUGACGUCAGGGACUUUGGAAAGGUUAUGGACACACUAUCUAAACUUUCCCACACACCGAUUACACAACAAACUGGAAUCAGGCCCUUUCCAUCGGAGGAGAGUGUUGAAGAUGAGGAUAUCUACAACCACCUGGAGGACCUUAUAGAUGAGAAGGGGGUGGAGGAUGAGGAGGAUCUGUAUGACUGUGUGUAUGACGAUGAAGAUGGAGGAGAGAUCUAUGAGGACCUGAUGAAGACAGAAGCCAUCCCUCCUCCGGCGUUCCAGAAGCAGGCAGAGACUGACAUCAGGAGUUGCUGUUUAACAGAGAUCAAGCAGACAGAGGAGAAAUACACUGAGACCCUGGAGUCUAUAGAGAAGCACUUUAUGACGCCCCUCACCAUGUUUUUAUCCAUGGCCGAGAUGGAAAAGAUGUUUGUGAAUAUCCCGGAACUGGUUAAAGUUCACAAAUGUUUACUGCUGGAAGUCCAAGACUCAGUCCACCACAGAAGUGCUCAGAACCUUUACCAGAUCUUCAUCACUUUCAAAGAGCGGUUGUUGAUCUAUGGGAAAUACUGCAGCCAUGUGGAAACAGCCAUCGCCACUCUGGAUUACAUCUGCAAAGACAGAGAGGACGUACGCAUGAAGCUAGAGGAAUGUUCAAAGAGAGCCAACUAUGGCAAGUUCACACUGAGGGACCUGCUAGUGGUUCCAAUGCAGCGAGUCUUGAAGUAUCCCCUCCUCCUGCAGGAGCUGGUAAAGCACACUCAUGAUUCCACCGACAAGAGUAAUCUGCGGAUGGCGUUGGAUGCCAUGAAGGACUUGGCUCAGUAUGUUAACGAAGUCAAGAGGGACAAUGAGACGUUGCGAGAAAUAGAUCAGUAUCAGAAAUCCAUCGAAAACCUGAAUCAGCCUCUGAGUAACUAUGGAAGACCCAAGGGUGACGGGGAGGUACGGGUGGCCUCGGUGGACAAACGAGCUAAGCAGGACAGGCACAUCUUCCUGUUCGAUGCGGCGGUGAUUGUGUGUAAGCGGCGAGGAGACAACUAUGAGAUGAAAGAAGUGAUCGACCUGCACCUCUUCAAGAUCACCAACAACCCCACAUCGGACAAGGAGAACCGAAAGUGGUCCUACGGAUUCUACCUCACUCAUAACCAGGGCCAGAGCGGCUUUGAAUUCUUCUUCAAGACAAAAGAGCUGAAAAAGAAGUGGCUGGAGCAGUUUGGCAUGGCCAUAUCCAACAUUCGUCCUGAGAAUGCCACUAACAACUUCCAUGAGUUUCGUAUGCACACCUUUGAAAGGAUCACCUCUUGCAACUCUUGCCACAUGCUGCUGAGGGGCAUCUUUAACCAGGGCUACAUGUGCUCCAAGUGUGGUUUAGGUGCCCAUAAAGAAUGCCUGGCCCGCUUUGGGUGCUGUGGAAAAACAGAUCCUGGCUCCGUCAGAACUCAGGGCAUGUAUAAAGAUCCAGGUUUGCCCAAGAUGCUGGUAAUCAGGAACUACUUUGGUGUGCCGAGCCCUACGUCUGGUCCAGCACUCAGCAUCCAGACUGGUGACAUCAUUGAAUUAAUCUGCGCCGACCUUCACAACCCCUGGUGGCAGGGCAAAAUCCUGUCGACGAAAGAGGUUGGCUUCUUUCCAAGCGACGCUGUGAAGCCUUGCCCAUGUGUCCCAAAGCCUGUCGAUUACUCCUCUCAACCUUGGUUUGCAGGACCCAUGGAGAGGCUCCAGGCAGAGGCAGAACUCAUUAACAGGGUCAACAGCACCUACCUGGUCCGCCAUCGAAGCAGAGAGUACACAGAGUACGCCAUCAGUAUUAAGUACAACAACGACGUGAAGCACAUAAAGAUCCUGACCAAGGAGGGCUGCUUUCACAUCGCAGAGAACAAGAAGUUCAGGAGCAUAUUAGAGCUGAUUGAGUACUACAAACACCACUCCCUGAGAGAAGGUUUUAGGAGUCUGGACACCACGCUUCAGUUUCCUUACCAGGAACCGGAGAACGCUGCUAUGCACCACCUCAACCGGUCGGGUAGCAACACCCCAUUGCUCUGCGGCCUCUCUUUUGUAUCUCCUGCCGGCUACAGCUUUGUACCUCCUUCCUCUGCUCCCUUCUGGUCAGUGUUUACUCCAAAAGUGAUUGGUGUGGCGAUAGCACGGUACGACUUCAGCUCACGUGACACCCGGGAGCUCUCGCUGCAGGAGGGUGACGUGGUUAAGAUCUACACAAAGUCAGGAGCCAACGGCUGGUGGAGGGGCGAGGUCAAUGGCAGGGUCGGCUGGUUCCCAUCCACAUACGUAGAGGAGGGUGAGGAGUGAAAGGUCCGGCCUGGGAAGAAGAGUAAGAUAAAGAAAGAACGGCAGCAGUGGAGUAAGCAAACUGAGCACAUAACAGUAACGAAGAGAGUGAGCUUCCGCACCGCUUCUUGCUCCAGUGUUACUUUUCAGAGCAAAGCAGGCGGCUUCACUCUCCUCGAUGGAGUCCUGUUGCCUACAACCAUCCCAGAGGUCUUUGGGAGAGAAAAACAGGGCUGCAGUACAUUGCAGAUGCAAAGAUGCCCCAUCAUUUCUGGUGGACUCUGUGCGGCUAAGUGACUCCACCAACUAGCAGCUUGCCUGUCAGCGGGGCACGAGCCCUCGCCAGACGCCCCCCUCCUCCCUCCCUACCUUCAUCCGUCCAUCCAUAAUUCACCCUUCGCUCCCUUCCUCUCUCUGCCACAGCCAGCCGCUGCCCCCAACUCUCGCCUGUUUCUGCUUGCCAAGUCGGCCGUCGCCAAUCUGUCAAAAGUAGAUACUCAAAUGCCACUCUUCCAUUCAUGCGCUCAUCCAUCCAUCCAUCCAUCCAAGUAUCCAUCCCCCCUACCAACCCCCUGUGGGAAUAGAGUCAUCUGAGCUAGAAAAGACCCACACUGUAAAGUUUUUUUUUUUUUUUCAUCCCCUUUCAGUCAGGGAUUUCAGUCAGUUUUGACCUUGCCUGUGUGUUUGGUCCACUAAUGCAGGUGGUUAUUGAUGACUUGAUGACCCAGAUUCUCUCUCUCUCUCUCACACACACACACGCCACCCACCUCACCUCCCCUUCAGAUUAUGAUCGCACACACACUUACAGGAGAUGUAAGAGAGGGAUGGCGUCGGAUAGCAUCGCUUCACAGUGCCAGCAAUUGAUCGCUGUUGUUCCUAUUUUCCUCCCACCUCCUACAUUCUUUAUCUCCAGCCCAGCCUCUCAUGUUUUUAGUUGUCUUGGCCGGUAGCGAUCCUCUGCUCUUAUCAGUGACAGCUCUACAGGAGCCUAUUCGCUGAGGGUUUAUCUUAUUGGAAGCAUUAGCAGCUUGUCGGGGAACAGGCCACACUACCUAGAAGCCACCUGUCCCCUUAACAUAAAAAAUAAGAAAAGCAAUUUUCCACCUCACUUUCUGUGCUUUUUUUCUGCAUGUCUUGAAUUGUUUUUUUCAGUUUUAUCAUUUACAGAUUGAUUGAUUGAUUGAUUGCAUUCUUGUAAAAUUGAGGAAUUCUGCACUGGUCUAUGAGAGGCUGUCUACCCAGAUUUGUAUUUUGCAACAUUUUUCAACAGAUUGUGCAUCAAAAUAUUUUAUCAUCAUCUUCCUAGGUGUUAGUGGAGAAAUAGGGUCUUCUACUAUAACUGCUAUUUUAGAGGGUUUUCCACUCAAGAAAAACAUCAAAUUUAAAAAAGGCAUUCAUGUAUUAACACUUCAGUCCAAAAGAACUGAUAUUAGCUUUCAGAAAGCUUUUUCCACUGCUUCCUGCUAACUGUCCUCCCUCUCACCCCCUCUCCCUUUCUGCGUUCCACCCUCUCCCCCUGUGUACAUUAUGCACCCUGUCUCCUUAAUCCGCAGUGAAAGAGGAUUUUCCCACAUUUGAGGGAAUAAAUACCUUUACAGCAAAACAUGCUGCACAACACACUCGUAAUGUUAAUACACACCAGUAUAGCGUCACAGACAGAAUAAGAAGGCAGUGUACACAGAUCCAAAAUAGUGAUCAACUUAUGUCUGGAGGUGAGGCCAAAACCCCCCCAGCAGUUGGCUUUGUUGCAUCCAUGUUUUAAUCUCAGCCAGGAUGAUGAGCCUCUCUUUGAUAGAUAGUUUAUUUGCUGUAAAACAAACUACAAACCAUACUUAUAAAUAUGUACAUAUUGACAUUUAUAUUUAAUUUGUGGUUGGUGAUUUCUGUUCACACAGUGGGCAAACUAUUCAGACUUCAAGCACCUAGUCCCACGGCUAUCCGAAUGUCAUACAUACGGUCAUUUCUAUGAAGAUCGUCAAAACCUUACUUUGAACUAGUCCUUUAAUUUCUUCAACUUGAAGUUGUUAUUUGUAUUUGAGUGAGGAGGAACGUAGGAAAUAUAGCCAGACUUUCACACAGUUACACAUGCCUACGCAUGACAUUUUAAUAAGCAUCCAUCUCUUUUUCUGUUAAGGGAAACUAUUUAUGUAACAUGUAAUGUACAUAAUAUACAAUAUCUGUCACUGAAACACACAUUGGGGUAGUUUACUAAGAGGCAGCAUUCUCUAGUUGACAAUUGAAGUGGGAACAUGGUGAAACACUAUCGGGCGUUGAACGAAGUCAGAACUUUCAGAGCUAAUGUUGAAGUUUAACCACUUGAGAAGAUGAAGAAAGCUGUCAUGUGGCUAACCAAUGGAUCCUGCCUCUGGUAACAGCCCUCAAGGCAUUGCUUCCAUUCCAAGCUAUCGUCCUCCCCUGUCAUGUCGUCGUUGUGUCGAUGCCAUUGGGUAUUGUGUCAGAAAUAUAUUUUGCGAACCUAAGAAAGAAUUGAUUGUAAAGAUAUGCUUUUGUAUGCGCUUAAUGGAGCCAUUAUGUUCACUAAUAACCUCCUGCCAGCCCUGCCACUCCAUGCCAUUAUGAUAUGUGUGACAAAAGAUUUUUUUGUUCUCAGUCAUCUUUUUUAACUACUGGACUGAAGAAAUGUGUCAAAAAAGGGUCAUAUUAAUGUGUUUUUGCAUUGUGACGUCUCCCUUUUUCUAAUUUUCUGUUAUCAACAGUGUCAUUAAGUGACCACUAGAUGGAAGCAUCCUAAACACAUCUCUUCCUCCCAAACAGUCACCUUGAACUUGCUAAAGUUUGGAGAUGACAUCAUCUGAUUAGGAGCUGAACAAUAUUUAAAGGAAGCAAUUAGCAGCAGCCUCAGACUUGUUGCUGUGAGCCAGAGGGAAAGAUGACGCCUAAUAGACAAAACCAAAAUGCACAAGAUUGAGGUUUUCUAAAGAAGUGAACAGUCAUGAUUAAUGCUGCAGGAGGACUACAGAACAUGCAAUGCAUUUAAUAUGAAAUUAUUUCUAAAAUCAGUUGGAUUGUAAAGUUUCUUUACAGCCGUCCCUGACUUCUAUCAGAUGUCAUCAGAUUCCAUGACUUUCUUUCAAAAUUUCCUGAUAUUCCAGGAACUUCAUUUCCAGUAGGAACCCUGAGGACGAUAUUUCCCCUCCCGCUUCCUAAAAUGUCUGCAGUCUCUGAACAGUCAAACAUUACACUUAUAACAUCUUUAGGAAAUAUUCGGUGCGGCAGCGGCACAAAUGCAAUCCAGCAUCCAGCUUCUCUCCUGUCUUGGGAGAAGUGGAGAGGCAGAGUAGGCUGCUCUAAUGGCAGACUUUGGUAAUCCACUCCCGCACUCCUCCUCUGCCCAGAUGAACUCUGACAGAGGGGCCAUUUACAACUGCAGGCCUUCCUCCCCUCCGAGUGCGCUUGCAGAUUUUUUUGUGCGCGGGAGGGACGGGAGGAAGGCUCAAGGGUAUCUGUGAUCUAAUCAUUACACCAUCUCCUCACCUCAGCGACCCCGCUGCAUCCAUCUCCCUGUCGGCUCCCCUCUCUCUCGCUCUCUCUCACCUUGUCACUUCCCUCCUCUCUCUCUACUGCUCUCUUUCCCCAUCUAUCUUUCAUCCAAUCUCCGUCUUCUCGGUUUCUCUCUGUAUUCUGUCCCUCACCCCGAUGCUCUGUAGGCAGUAACUGCUGCUGCUGUAGGCUGGCGGGAGGAGAAUAGAAGAUUCAGUAUUAUCAGGAGAGGAGGGAGAGAGGCGGUCUGAUUCUCUAUAAACAACCCCAGCAAAAUGAGGACUAGUUUAAUUUUACCACAAAUGAAUAGACUGAGAGAAAUGAAGCCAAUUAGAGAAUGAAUUAGAAUCCGCUCUCACCACUGUUGUCUCCUCAUAUACAGCGUGUGCACAGAUUAUGUCCAUAUGCGUAGGCACACACUGUGUACGUGCGGAAAUACAUUUUUACAGGAUUCAGGGCCCGGGCAAGUCUUAACCCAGCAGGGGUUUUCAGGAUACAAUCUUUAACCUUAACCAACGCAGGAGGACGAUUCUGUAGCAACGUUAACAGAAACAUAACAGUCACCAAUACAUGAAGAAAACAUGUCCUUUAAUUCUUCUUUCUUUCUGGGCUGAAAAUCCAUUCUUAAGCCAAGAAAUCAUUGAUAAAUCACCUCUCUGUGUUAUUUUGCUCACUCUUGACUCAAGUUUGCAUCCACUGUGUUCUUGUCCCAUGUCCAUGUCUUGUUACUCAUAUGAAGCCAAAGAUGUAUGCUGUACUUCCUGUACACUCAAUGUUAUGUCUCAUAACCACGGUACCCGACCGCUGUGGCCUAACUCUAUAACUGUGCAAUCUUGACUGUGUAGCAUUACCGUGUAUUGUUUCUGUACUAUACUGUAAAAUAUGUACAUAGCACAUAAUAAAGAUAUACAUAGCUUCUU